AUGACUCAAAAUUACCUGGCCAUCACAGUAACAUCAGUGUCAAGCGAGAUUGUCAUUUCAGCGCCGCUGUUUGGAAGAUAUUCCCGCGAGUCGUGGGCCGCAACACUCAAUGCCGCCAGCAUCACCACGACGAGCGGCUACGGUCAGAUCGUCUCGAGUUGCAAGCUCACGAUGGGCAUAUUGCGUCUCGACAAUUUCCACGUCUACGAGGUGCCGUCAUUGCCCUUUAGCAGACUCAUGAGCGCGGACGUGGAUACCCAGGCCAUGACGCCUUCCAAGCAUGACUUGCUACUCAAGUUGCAUGAGGGUUACUGA